CUUUUAUUAAAAUGACUUUAAAACCUAUCUUUUUCUUUGAUUUAGACAACUGUUUAUAUGAUAAAAAAUUAAAUGUUCUCAGUUUAAUGAGACAAAAGAUUCGAGAAUACUUUGUCAAUACUAUGGGCAUUCCAGCUGAAGAAGUUGCUGCACUUCAAAUGAAAUAUAUGAAGACAUACGGUACAUCACUUAAGGGCCUUCAAAAAGAAUAUCAUGUCGAUCCUAUUGAUUAUGACCAAAAGGUAGACCAAGCUUUGCCAUUGGAUGGUUUGAUCAACAAGGACGAACCACUUAGAGAAAUGCUUCAUAACAUGAAUUGUAAGAAGUGGGUAUUCACAAAUGCUUAUCGAGUGCAUGCUGUUCGAUGUUUGAAAUUAUUGGGUAUUGAGAAUGAAUUUGAUGGUCUGACAUACGCAAACUAUGCCAUUCCUGAUUUUAACUGCAAGCCAGAUCCUGCUGCUUUUAUGCGAGCCAUGAAAGAUGCAGGUGCUGUUGAUCCUACACAGUGUUACCUUGUUGAUGAUUCUGCUCAAAAUAUUGAUGCUGCUCAACAAUUGGGCUGGACUACUGUUCAUCUUGCAGAUGAUGCAUCACAAUCCAAUCACGGUGACUUCCAAAUCGACGAUAUUCAUGAUUUGUAUGAAAUACUGCCUGAGUUUUGGGAACCCAAGACCGAAGUCAAGAUUAGAAGACAAUCUCUUGGUAUUACAGCUGAAGCAUAAAUGCUUUUGUAUUAGACUAUGUGUUUGAUUUUUAAUAAAUACCUAUUUGGCUAAUUUAA